AUGACUGCCGCCCCAGAAAACGUUCAGCCAAGCAGAUGCACCAGUCCAGCCUCAUCCCAGGAUCAGGACAUCCGUGAAGGACGAUUAUCAGACCCUACUCCUCGGCCGGAUCAUGGGUGCAACAGGCCUAGUUAUGCCGAAGCUGGUGAAUCAACGCUUGGCUCACUUAGAGCAUCAUUGAACGCGGAUGGCGCGAAUAAUAAGAACUCCUUGCACAGUUCCGCCCCUCCAACCCGGCCCGAUGAGCAGUUUAGUGACAUCGACACUGAUCUUCUCGCUUACUUCCAAAAUACAGUAUGUCCCAUCAUGCUCCCAUCACUGGACGACGUCAGAAAUCCGUGGUUGCAGAUAUAUAUCCCAAUGGCGUUGCAUAACGAACGGAGUCAGGGCCGGACUGCGCUACGGCAUGCGUUGAUGUCUGUGGCAGCAUCGCACUUGACACAGAGAGAUGACAGCAACCGCGCACGAUACCACGAAAGGGCCAAUUUCCACCAAGACAGAGCAACCGACAUUCUCACGAGCAUACUAUCACACGACGCAGUGAGCAUGGGGGCGAUUGAGAAGUGUACGAUCCUGGCUGCAGCUUUGACACUCAUCACCGCCCAUAUCUGGGGCCAUGGCCGGACCGACUGCAACACCUUUCUCAACCUAGCCAAGCGCCUUGCGCAUGCAACAGGGGGUGAUAUGUUCUGGAAGUCGAGUGUCCUCACUUGUAUUCUUUUUCAACUGUUGCGAGCCUACGACCUUGUCGCAGCCACAGCCCAGCUCCAAGCCGAGACCUUUGACCCUGACCAAGACUGGGGGGCCAGUAGUACUACUGAGGGCGUGCGAACGGCUCCCUCGGCGGAUGCUCUGGACAGCGGCGGUGUCAGCCCUCUUGCGGCCGAGGAAAGUCAAUCCACCAGCAGCACCAGUCCUGACCGUGUAGUAAGAGACAAGGCCGCUUUCCUGCACAUGCCUUACAUCCUGGACACGUCGUUUGGAAUUUCCUCGCAGACAAUGUCUCUCUUGCACGAGCUGGUCCGGCUUCGGUCCUCGUACGAGCCACACCUUCAAUCAUCUCGUCCUCUACCAGAGUCACUGUUGCAUGCCACCGACUUGCUGGCAGAGGGUCUGUAUUCGGUCGGUCAAGACAAGUCCGCUUUUGGGGGCGCGGAUGGGUCUGUGACCUCCUCUCUACUUCCAUCCCUGGCGGCAGAGUCAACGCUGUUCGAGAUGCCCAGUGGAAUUGGCAACGGCCACGAACACCUCCCCAAGCCGAUCAUGGAAGAAGUCAUGGAUAAUUAUCAGUGGGCUUUCCACCAUGCCGUGGUCCUCUACUUCCAUCGAGUGGUGCCACCAUCGUAUUUUUCCAGCAUCGUCAAUGGGAAGACCAUUCGAAGUCAACAGAUGAAGUCGACCCCAGCCGCGAAAGAGGACUGUCAAAGUCUGGUUAGGAAGAUAUUCGAUCGCCUCGAAAACAUCGAUUGCCUCACAGAAGGGACUAAGGUUCGGCCCUCGGUUGCUCUGUGGCCGGCAUUCAUCGCCGCCGUAGAAGCUAUGGACGUAGAGUCACGGCACCGGGCACUCAUUUGGUUUUCCAAAGCAGCCAAGAGGGGAAUCGGCAACAUCCCUAGAGCCAAGGACAUUGUCAUGGCCACCUGGAGGGCCACAGACCGGCGGACCUACGGAGAGACUAGUUCGAUCAAGAGAGGCCUAGGUCCUAUUGACUGGAGGCUGAUUAUGAAGGAUAGCGGCUCGGUUAUCAUGCUGGCCUAG